GCAAUUUGAAACUAUAAACUCUAUUUAUCUCGUCUUUCGUACUGAACAGUUACCCAUUACCGCCCAUCCAAAAUGCUGUUCGAGUCUAUGAUCACGGCGUUCGCGUUCGCUCUCUGCGCUUCUGCUAGAGCUGUCCCGAACCCCGUCGAGGUUUUCAAACGUGCGCAUACGCCUGGUGUCGUCAUUAACAAGUGCUCCAAGCCUGGUGUCCUUGCAUUAGCCUACGACGAUGGUCCGUAUCAGUACACCUCGUCGCUAGUAGAUACUCUGGACAAGGCCGGCGUUAAAGGAACCUUUUUCUACACGGGCACUCUAUAUGGUUGCAUCUACAACCAGAAGGCCGCUGUUAAGAAGGCCUAUGACUCUGGCCACCAAGUUGCAUCUCACACGUGGACUCAUCCCCAUAUGGGAAGCAUGGGUGCCGCUCAAAUAAAGAGCGAGAUGGAAAAGGUCGAGCAAGCAUUUGUCAACAUCUUCGGUAGGAAGCCGCAGUAUAUGCGUCCUCCAUAUCUCGAGACCGGAGGCCAAUUUCUGAGCGUUAUGAAGGAGAUGAAUUACACUGUCGUUACUGAUGAUGUAGACGCUGGUGACUGGAAUAACCAAUCUCCGCAGCAGAGCCAGCAAAAGUUCCAACAAGCCGGUGCUGGCGGUAACGGACACAUCCCGCUCAUGCACGAGACGUACCAAGGCACAGUCACGACUCUAACAAACUGGCUGAUUGACUGGGCCAAAACCAACAACCUGAAGAUCGUUACAGUUGCUGAAUGUCUCGACGACGCCAACGGUGCUUAUAAGGAGGGAACAUUCCCAAGCAACGGACAAACGUCCUGUUAGAAAAGUCUUUCGGGAUUCUUGUGAUCGGCGAGGAAUAUCCAAUGCUGCUAUUUACGAGUUGCUAGCCUAGUUUGAAUGUCUUGAUAGCGUUGUCACGUUAUGAUCGAUUGUAGCUGGCGGACUCUAGCGGAUGUUUUUAAAAAGUACACACAUUGAUAGUCAAAAUUUUGU